AUGCCGUUCAAGGCUCCUGCGCAUAAGCAUGCGCACCAUUUGCACUCUAUACCGCCCAGGGAGAAGUCUACGAGGACUCUGAUUAUUGACCAUCUGCUUUGGGUGCACGCUCGCACGCGGUUUGCGCAGGCUCGCGCAGAGCUGGGAAUGACUGAUCGCACCGGUGGCCCUCCCUCGAGCAACUAUGCUCACCGGGAGCGCCCAGAAAACUUCGAGGAAGACGAGGAGGUGUAUAGCGACGGGGAGGAUGUGCAGUCGCUCAUGGCGCGAGCUGGCGGACCCGGACACACACAUGGUGACGAAGAGGACGAACGGCUCGAACUACAAGACCUGACGCUCGCAAGGUCUCUCAGACAACGGGCGGAGAGCGUGGAGAAGGUCGCGACGUCUAUGCUGAAUCAGCCACCUGAGGUUCCGCCAAUACACCCCGACGAGCUACUCGAGCCGCCAACGUCCCCUCAGCUACGUCCGCAGGCCGUGCAACGGCAUCCCCACACACUACCCAACGGCGUUCGCCUGCGCCUGGCGCUGGCUACCUUUAUCAAUGAUCUCUUCUCCCGCCGUGCGCCUAGUACACCAAUUGGCCGGCACCCCCCUCAGCCCCAGUCACAACCGAUCUCCGCAUCCUCGUCCCCUGUUCUCCCAACCGCCCUAAUACCACUUGCGGCAAUAUCGUCGCGGUUCGCUAUUCCUCCUAAUCAAUCAUCCUCUCCGCAGCGCCGGCCAAUGCCCAAUCAUUACAUCCGCUCCUUGUAUGACAUCGGUGCGGACCCAGACACGCAGAAUUCCCCACCGUCGCUUCGAUGCCCACGUCAUCUUCACAUGGGAUGUGAGAUCUGCGUAGAAGCGAAGGCUCCGCCACCGAUGCGCGGCGGGCAGCCGAGGGGUCGUACCACACAGGGCCGUGCGGGUUCGACUACUGGUAGUAGUCCUGGAGAUCUCCCGCCUGGUGGAGCUCAUGGCGGUGGUCUGACUGGAGGGGUAACAGGGUGGCUGGAUGGAAGCGGUAUCGGCUCGGGACUUGCUCGGCCAGGUCCUCGAGGCACAGUUCUUCGGCGGCCGUCGUACGCCCAGCCAUACGUUCAUCACACCAACGGCGACCGCACCCCUCACAUGUACAGUACGAAGCUGGCCGAGCUCAUUGUUCGAUUUAUGCGCCUGAGCGCACUAGUUGCUAUGGAGCUUGGGCGAGAAGCCACGGAAGAACGGGCAUCUGUAGACGGGGGAGACAACAGGCGAGAAGAAGAGUCUGGGACGGCAGGCGGUAUGUCAGCAGCGGGAUCUACGAACUCGGCACCACGUUCCAUAUCGCCGCAGGCGUCUCCUCGCAUCCUCACACAGCGCAACCUGGCAGAGGUUGGGCUCUAUUACCACGCGUUGCGCCCGUCGCGCGAGUGGUACUUCCUACUGGCAGGUCUUCUCACCCGUGCGGUAUUCGAGGGGUACAUGACUGCUGGUUGGCGAGGCGUGGAACCGUUGGAGAUGUUGUUGGGGGUUGGUUUGGGCACGAACCCUCAACUCCGGCAGGCAUCAAGAAAGGACAAGGACAAUGGGCAACUUGCUGUCGAUGGUGAGGACGAGGAUGAAGACGAUGAGUUCAAGGACUUUGACCCAGACGACCUGCCUGAGUUGGACGAGGCGGUCCGAGUCCUUUUCCCUUCUCUGCGAGAACCUCUGGCCGGCGCUCCCAACGUGGCACACUAUCGACGAGAGGGUGCCGAGCUGGAGUAUGAAGUGGAGAUGGUUGAGCGAUUACAACGUUUCUAUGAAGUUCCGGCGUCGACCCCCGAUCUGGCAACACAUCUAGAAGACCUCCAGUGGCAAUUCCCUGCAGAAGCCGUAGAACGCGCAGCGAUUCGUUUUUGCGAAGCUAUUGCGAGAUGGAGAGGAAAGCCUGAGCUGGAAACUUACAAGAAAGCCGCCUGGAUCAUCCAUCAACGAGAACGGAGAAAUAGUGGUGGCACGGCCAUGUCCAUCGAUGCUCUUGUACAUUCAAAUCCCACAAGCCCAUCAAACUCCAUCUCGACGCCGUCUGAGCAGCAUCCGCCGCCGCCACCACGACCACCAUUCCGUGCCGAUUCGAAACAACGCAAGCCGCCAAUAGAAAAGUACUUUGCCAUUCCGCAAUCUCUCAUAAUGCAGGGCCGGAAACGACGGCGCUCGGAACUGGAGCGCCCUGAAGAGGGGCGGCGAGUGCCGAAUACCAUGUUCACAUGA